AUGUCUGACGACGACGCAAAUGAUUUAACAGCUCCUUAUCAUGAACCAGAAGCAUUUGAUAGCUUAUGGCAAGCAUUAACAUGGACACAAAUUCGAAAACGUAUACCAAUAAGUUUCAACAAAACUAUCAGAAAUCGAUAUAUGUUGGCAAAUUUAGUUUAUCUGGCAUAUGCAAUUGGAAUAUUAAUAAUUGAUUUUAAUCCACAAGUUAAUGGUUCUUCAGCAGUCUCUGAAGUGAGACAUACAAGAAUUUUUUGUUCAUCUGAUAAUGAUACGUUUACUACAACUGAACCAUCAAAAGUUUAUGUUGCAAAUACCCCAUUAGUGAACAGAAUGUACAUAGCUUUGGCAGUCAUUCAUGUUAUCUCAGCUACAUUAUACUGGUGGCUUGGUAUGUAUUAAUAUGUGAUAUUAUGUAUUGAAUAUAUUGAAUGUCUAGUGUGAUCAAGAUUGU